AUGGGAAAACAUACACCGACCGACCAACUAACACAAUUCUGUACGACCGCUAUCAGUACCACCAAAAAAUUUCUGGCAGCACACCCAGACAUACGCGUGAUGCCGGCCGAUAAAGGCAAUAGAACCGUCAUCAUGAAAUCCGACACGUACCAGCUGAAGAUGAAUGAAGUACUGCAAGAUGCUAACACAUACAAAGAAAUAGCUCGAGAUCCAACAGCAAAAUACCAAUCCCGUAACAAUAACAUUGCGCAGCGGCUGCUCGACUUAAAGCUCAUAGACAACCAGACGUUCCGCUCACUGAAAACCAAUACCGCUACUUGCCCUAGAAUUUACGGGCAACCGAAAGUGCACAAAAUGAAUAUACCGCUUCGUCCAGUUGUACCCAACAUCACUGCACCGUCAUACAUGCUGUCCAAAUACAUCUCUCGGAUUCUACAAUCAUCAAUGAAAAGUGAAUACAGUAUACCAGACUCUUUCGCCUCUUGUGAAUAUAUAAAUUCCGUAACAUUACCACCGGAAUAUGUAAUGAUAUCCCUCGAUGUGAUUGCAUUGUUCCCAAGCAUUCCGCAAGAACUAAUUACCAAAGGAAUCAUCGACAACUGGCAACAAAUUAAAACAAAAACCAACAUAUGUUUAGAUCUGUUUCUGGAAAUAGUAGAGUUUUGCGUAAACUCAAGCUAUUUUCAAUACAACAACAAAUUUUACCAGCAAAUAAAUGGAACAGCUAUGGGAAGUCCUCUUUCGCCUAUUCUGGCUGAAAUAGUGAUGGACACACUGAUAAAAGCAACGCUUGAAACAACGGCAACGACAGUUCCAGUCAUCAAAAAAUAUGUAGACGACCUCUUCCUUGCAGUCCACCAACAUCAAAUCCAGGAGAUAAUCGAUGAUUUCAACAAAUACCACCCCAGCCUACAAUUCACGUGCGAAGAGGAGAAAGACAACACCCUACCAUACUUGGACAUGCUGCUGAUUCGACAGGAAAACCAGACUAUCAGUUCCCGAUGGUAUGCCAAACCAACCGCCUCUGGCUUUCUACCGACUACACAACAGAACAAAAAUAUUCCAUAG